UGUUUGACACAUGGAGAUCGACGAAUCCAACGGGUGGAUCCCUGUAUGAGUCUGUUUACCUCUUCCUGGAUAAACAGGUGCAAAUGAAAACGAACAACCAUGAUAGGAAUGAAAUGCCUGGGCCAGUCGGAUUCCAACCACGACACAAAUGAUUCCAUUGUAAGUUCCAUUGUUGUUGUUCAAAUUUCUACUACGUUUGGUUCAGAAAACCCUAAUUCUGUUCUUGGUCUUAGUUGAUAUUGGGGCUUCAAUAUUUGUUAGGGCUUGAACAGUUUAAUUCUUCCUGGAGUGACUUCUCAGUUCCCUUUCUUGAAGUGUGUCUUGGGUAUCUCAUUCUUCUUGGGAACAAUGAUGGAAAACCAGAAGAUGCUUUCAUGAACAUGAAGCUUUGAGGACCUCAAUUACUUAGUACUGCCCUUUUGCAGUGCGCCUUUGGUGAUCACAGUUUUAGCCCAAAAAAAAAAAAUGCCUUUGAUGAUCACAGGGCAGACCAUCUCGGCAGCAUUGGAUUGCAGAACCCAAAUUGGAUUCUCACGGAGCAGCGUCAGCAGCUCAGAAGCGUGUUCAGCAGCAAGGAGAGGAUAUGAGUAGUUGAAAACAGCCGUUGGAUUCGUUGGAAUCCACGUGUCGAGCAUCCGGCAGAUAGUUGGACGCUCGUUGGAGCGUCAGUCGUUAGAGACGAACCGGAUGAAUUGAAUGCUGUUGGCCAAUGGCCAUUCCUCUUUCACUCACGAGUCACGACUGCUUAAGAGAAGACAACAUUGCAGCCCUACGUCUUCCUUCCACUACUCGACUGCAACUUUUUCAAGGGUAGGGCUUCGUCCUUCUCCCUUCCAGAGUUUUUCCCCAUUUUCUCUCUGCGCUGUCUCUGUUCUCCUCGACGUUGCUCUGUUGUUAUCCUCAAGCGUCGGAACCCACAAGUAGCUCGCCUGCCGCUGCAAUCGAAGGCAACCCACGCUCUCUUGGGUAUACGCGGCAAGCUCUCCUUCCUCGCUGCAACUCUGCGAGCCCUGGUCCAAUUUCUCUCUCUCUCGACUACUGUUGAUCUUGCCAUUUGGGUUUUUCCCAUUAAAACUGCGAUUUCGGGUAUUCCCUGGGGGGCUGUUUGAAUUCCUGGUUGUGAAAGAAGGUUAGGGCUUUGUGGAAGCUUGAACCUCGAGGUGAAGCCGUGAAGGAUGAUAAAAGAGGAGAGAGGAAGAAAAGUGGAGCGAUUUAAGUGAUUCCAAGUAUCAGAUACCAGAGCUUAGCUUGUCAUUUGAGUGGUUCCAAGUGAAUUUGUUGUAUAGCUCAUAGGAGCAGUUUCUCCCACCGGCCAUGCCUCUUGGCAGCAGUUUGAUUCAGAAAACUUAUUAUGACAUUCUAUCCGUGAAGGAAAAUGCUAGUUAUGAAGAAAUCCGUGCAAGCUACAGGUCUGCCAUCCUUAAUUCUCACCCAGACAAGUUGCAUGGGAUGUCUGAGAUUUCUAAUACUCACCAUGAAUCACAAGAAAAAUUUCUCAUCAUACAGAAGGCUUGGGAAGUUCUCAGUAAUUCGAGUUCUCGGGCGGCAUACGAUAGUGAACUGCAGGAACUGAGACGGGAUAUGGGAACUGCAGAAGAUGUUAGUUUGAAGGACAUGGUGGUAGAAGAUGUUGGAGAAGUCCUGGAGCUAUCUUACCGAUGCAGGUGUGGUGAUUACUUCUCCAUUAAUUCUGCAGAGCUAGAGGAGAUGGGAUAUUCAUUAGAUAGGUGUGAGUGUAAGAUACUAUUAUGGACAGUAGAUGCCUUGGCUUCAUCAAUUGUUCUUCCAUGUGGGUCUUGCUCUCUGAAAAUCCAGCUGACUAUUGAUGCGGAUGCUGGUUUUUCUAGUCGAUGAUCAGCAAAACUGGUUGCCUUGGAGCUGUUUUGGCUUCAAGCAGAACAAUCUGUCAAGUCUGCCUAUGAUCUGCUUAAUUGGGGUGG